GUAUGGAAACUUAAAUUUGUCAUUUUGUUUUGAGGAUAUCGCUCAUUUUAACAUCCUUCCUGUUAACAUCCUUUAAAUCGUGGGUCUGACAUGUAUUUUCUUUGACACGUUUCACCUCGAGCUCAACUUUAUGCAAACGAGCAGUGAUACGCUGUUGCAACAACCAAUGAAAUUGCAGCUAGUGACCUGCCGCCUGAUGCAAUUGGAUGCUGCGGCAGAUUAGAAACGCCUACUUGCAUUCAUCAAGAAGAAUAAUUUACUAGAAGAACUCCAUCGAUUUAAUCGAUGUGUGAACGCUCCCACUUGAGAAAUUCUUAAUUUUGGAAGUGCGUUCACAGGGAAUGUAGGCAAAUGGGGCUGUCAGAGCUCAUUGUCUGAAGGCGAAGAGAAAAGCGGAGGAGUUUGAAGUUUGUUCAGUUUGUGUCAGAAGAUUUGCGAGUUGCUGUCAGAUAAUAAACCUAUUCUAUUUUCGAUGGAAUAUCCGCCGUUUUAUCAACUGUACCUUUCCUUUUUUACAGCGGAACACAUUUCUUAUUUAGUAUUAUUUAAUUUAGGUUAAAAUAUAAUUACUAUUUAAUGUGUGUAUGAUACGACUCCGUUGCGGCUGUUAAUAUGGAGACCUUUUCUCAGAUGACAGUGAAUGACUGUUGGGUCGUUGGGCUCGAGCGCUUCGCUUUUGGUGCUGCUGGAGAAGAAGAGGAGUUUUUCGAGAUUAGGACUGAAUGGUCUGAAAAAAACAUAACAUAUCUGCGAAGGAGAUAUUACGAUCUAGCAAAACUUGUUAAAAAUUUAAGUAUGUCAUUUCCAGAUGACGGAGGACGUUUGUCUCAAUCAAUGAUGCUUAAGGCACUACAGCGGAUAAAAGAAGCAGAGGAAAACAAUAACGUUAAAACGAGGUUGGAUGAAGUGGAAAAAUUACUGAGAAAUAUAAUCAAAAUGCCACAAAAGUUCUCUCACUCUGAGGCAGUUCUUACAUUUUUCAAGAGUUCUCCUCUUGACUACACUUUGAAAACCAUGUAUGAACCAAUCCAGCCUCUCUACCUGAGUCCUGUCACUAUAGCUGAUGUAAGACGGGCCAAUGGGUUUUGUUUGGCCAAUACAGAAACUGUUCUUUUUGAUCCGUAUUCACUAGCACAAGGAGCAGAAACAUCAUCAAAGUACAGCUCUGAGACUGAGUCUCAGAUGUGGACUGGAAUGAGAAAUCCAAAUGGGAUCAGAUGCGUCAAGGAAACUGUUCACAAACCUGGCAAGGGCUUCAUGACUGCUGGUACCCCUGGAAGCAAAGACACAGACUAUCAACCGAAAUUAUCACAGAUUACCACCAGCAACAUGACCUACCUUGACCUACAAGCCUGUGAGACAGAUAUUCUUGAAUAACAUAAUGCACUUGACAAUGUAAAUACAGCAUUCUAGUGUGGAAGUCCACAGAAACAUUGGUUUUUAAGGCUUAGUCUGUAAGGAUAAUAUUUUUUUAAAUAAAAUAAUACAUUUCUAAAGAUUUCGAAAAAUUGAUAUGAAUAAUAUUUUUUUAAAGUUAAGAUUAACUGUAAUAUUAAUUAAAAAAGUUAACCACACACCUGAUUAAUGUUCUUUGCUAGCAUUUACAAGUCAUAUAAAAUGCUUAGUUGAUGAGUGUUAUCUCAAGGUAAUUUAUUGUGAAUGAAGUCAACCAAUUGUGGAAAAUGCCCUAUAAAAAUGUGUUACACACUUUCAAAACGUAUUGAUACCAUCAAUUGGUUGUGUUGGAGGUAACGCAUUACAAAAAACGCAAAUUACGUAAUCAGAUUACUAUUAAAAAAAUAAAAUAAAAACUAAUAAAGCAAUGCAUUACUUUUAAAUUUAUAAGACAAUUUCUGAGAUACUUUUUCAAAUAAGUAAAGCAAGUUACUUUGUUUUGCAUUUAUUCAUUGUCAACCACUCCUGCCCCCGUGUUGAGAGAAAUUGGGAUUGAGGUGCAGAGGCACUUCCUUCAGGCUGUGGCUUAUUAGUUUUUUGGUGUGAAAGAGCCUUUACUGUUGCCAAAAAUACAUAUUUUUUUAAAUAAAUAAAUAAAUAAACAAGCCCAGCUCAGGUGACAAAAGUAAUGCAAAUAAUGAAACAUUAAUUUCCAUAAAAGUAAUGCAAUUGUUUACUUUUUUUAUGGAGUAAUGCAAUAUUGUAAUGCAUUACAUUUUUUAAAAGUAACUUUCAUCAAAUCUGUAUAUGGUUGUUGAGUAUUAAAUAUCAAAACCUUUGGAACAAAUGGUUUCCACUCUUCUGUUAAGCACUCAAAUAUGUCUAUGAGAAUCAGACAUUUGUCAGUGAGGUCAGACACUGAUGAGGACUGGCUUGCACUCAGCAAUUCUGUUUAUUCCACAGGUGUUCAAUGGGGUUCAUGUCUGGGCUUUUGUGUAGGCCUGUCAAGUUCUUCCUCAGUAAAUCAUUAAUUUAUGGGCAUUGCAUUGUGCACAAAGGGGGCAUUGUCAUGCUGUAGGGGAAAAAGGCUCUCUCCAAAUUGUUGCCACAGAUUUGGAAGCACACCAUUCUAAAGAAUGUCAUUGUAUGUCAUUUGAGUAUUUUUAGAUUUCUUUCUCCCUCUGGAAUUAAAGGGCCUGGCCAAACAGUUUGCUCAUUAACUAGAAACGGCAUGUUCACAUCCUUUUUGCCACUUACUAAACUCUAUAUCUAACUAUAUUCAGUUUUAAUACUGACUGCUAAGACAUUCAUUUAUUUUUCUUUUCUUUUUUUUUUUUUUUUGCCAAGUCCUUAUUGUGAAAAAGAUUUAAGGCUAUUGGCUGAUCAUUAUUUAAAUGGAAUAGGGAGAAUAAUUUCAGUCCACGUUCAGGUCAGUGAGCAGUUCCCAUAAUGAUGGAUGUUAAUCAGUCCUUAUUGGAACAGUCAUUGUGCUCCACUUUGACAUUGAAUAAAUAGAUUUGGAUCACUGCAUCCACUCAAACAAUCCAUACACCCCUUA